AUGCUCGAGAGGUCCUUCAACAACGACGGCCUUGAGCAGGCCGUGGCGCCCCCACGGAAGCAGCGUGUGCAGCUCACGCCCACGGCAUGCCUGCGGUGCAGGGCCAAAAAGAUCAAGUGCACAGGAGAGCCCCAAGGAUGCCGAUCCUGCCGCAUUAAGCACGUGCAGUGCGUCUAUCCAAAUCCGUCAUCAUCGUCGUCAUCUUUGCGGCAACAGCUGCCGAUGGAGAGGCAGACGUACGCCCCCACCACGACGGGGACUUCGACAAAUGCUUCAUCGUCAACUAUGUGUGGCCCAGACGACUGGUUCGCAUGCGACACGACCCCAUCGGGCAUCGAUGACCGCCUGGACCUCACCCAGAUGCUUUCGCAGGAGGGCGGAGGGAUUUCGGAAAUUGGCCUGUCGCCGGCCGAACUUUUCCUGCCCUUGGAUGUUAAUUCCAUCUCACACCAGUCCCCAGGCAAGCAAUAUGAACAGUGCCAACCAGCCUGGAUGGCUUCUUUACCCGAGGACAUGAGCCGCAGCUCGAGCAGGGCAGGCAGCUCGAGUAGGACAGGCAGCUUGAGCAGGACAGGCAGCUCGAGCAGAACAGGCAGCCCUGUCAGCACCAACACAAUUGCAGGACAUUGCGGCGGCGGUGGCGACCGUCAGUCGUGCAGUGACUUGUCCAUGGACACGAUAGAGAAGUUGCACCUGCACAUGGUGCAAUGCCAAGCCAGCGCUGACGGCAGCGGCGGGGACGUGCCGUACGAUCAACUCUUCCACCUGCAAAACAGCGCCUUGGCGGCCGACGAGGUCGCGGCGGGCUGUGCGAACUGCAUGCGGCGGUCCGCCAACGUCACCAUGGUGGCGGUGCGGUGCAACUUGAUCCUGGACUCUGUCGACCUGCUGCUCGGCCUGGCGCACGUGUACGUAGAUGGCAGGCGGUGGCGGCGCGAUUCGAGGCAUGAGAAGGAAGACUACGACAUGAAAGACGAUGCUGAAGACCCGAGCGCUGCUUCCGCUGCUGUGCUUUUCGACCAUGGCGCCAAGGGUAGCAUGCUCGGCCGGGAGGACCAGGCCAUUGCCAUAAGGGCCCUGAUGAGCACCCGUGUGGCCCGUGUUGAACGCAUACUGGGUCGCAUCGAGCCCACCGUCGAGGCAACCGGCCCCGUCGGCCAGCAGACGUUCCUACGUAUUGUUCGUGCCCGGGUGACGUCGUAUGCCGGUGUUCUGUCUUCAUCUCAUGAAGGCUAUUGA